AUGAUUGACAAAUCGGAAGUGGACGAAUCUGUUGCUCGAGCGUUGCUUGUUCGCUUUCAAGAAUUACCUAUUACGCUGACGAUUUUGCAAAAAACAGGUAUUGGAAAAACUGUCAAUGAACUACGGCGAGCUACUGCCAAUGAGGAUCUGUCCAAAAUGGGCAAGAGUUUAUUGAAAAAGUGGAAAAAACUUCUUCCUGAACCUUUCGUAGCCACAUCUUCGAUCAAGGGCGAUCAGUCAAUAGCAUCGACUAAUGAUAACAAUAGUCAACCACAGAAAAAGGACUCGAUAAACAAAGCUCAGUGUCACGCAGCGAGCAAAAUGAUUGAACAAAAAGCUUACCAAUCAACUACUUCGGUUAGUAACGUUCCAUGGCAAACAGAUGAUAAAAUAAGACUCAAAUCACGUGAACUACUGGCAAAUGCAUUGACGGUCACUGCAAUUCCUGAAGGUUCGGAUGACCCAGUAGAAUUAUCUGCUCGUAUCGAAGAUGCCAUCUUCAAAGAAAUCAAUGAUACUACAGUUAGGUAUGGCCGUCGUAUUCGCAGUCGGAUAUUCAAUUUGAGGGAUUUAAAAAAUCCUGAUCUUCGCACAAAAGUACUUCUCGGUAGUAUUACACCGCAACGAUUGGCGGUGAUGACCGCCGAAGAUAUGAUUAGUGAUACUAUGAAAGAAGAAUGUGCCAAAUUCAAGGAAAUAGCUCAUCGUGAAAGUCAAUUGGCAGUUGAUGAAGGCAUUGGCAGUGAUCUGAUUCAAUGCGAGCGGUGUAAGAAAAGCAACUGUUCAUAUUCCGAACUUCAAACACUCAGUGGGGACGAGCCAAUGACUCUAUUCGUCUUAUGCAGAAACUGCGGUCAUCGAUGGAGAGGAUAA